GACAGCUGGGGGGUCCACAAGAGUCCUCCUGAAGACUUGGAAAGACUAAAUGCCGAGACUGUUUCCGUGCACUGUGCUGUAAAGGACCGCCACCGCCAAGACCCGAGUACGAUGUGGUUUGCAUCGGCCUGAUGGCUGCUGGAAAGACCAGCCUGCUCUCACGCCUCUGCAGCGAGGGCAGCGACAGAAUCGUUCCCACCACUGCAGCACAGUGGAGUGGUGUUAAGUAUGUCCAGAAGAAGAGGCUUUGGGGUUUUAGUAUCAAAGCAGUGCCCUUUCCUAAUGCCAUCCUGAAUGUGAAAGAACUUGGAGGUGCUGACAACAUCAAGAAGUAUUGGUGUCGCUACUACCAGGGGUCACAGGGCGUGGUCUUUGUGUUGGACAGCGCUUCAUCAGACGAGGACCUUGAGGCGGCGCGUGCAGAGCUGCACUCGGCCCUGCAGCACCCGCAGCUCUGCACGCUGCCUUUCCUCAUCCUCGCCAAUCACCAGGACAGGCCCGCUGCAAGGACGCCAAACCAGAUCAAGAAGUACUUUGAACUGGAGCCUCUGGCGCGGGGGAAGCGCUGGAUCCUGGAGGGCACCAGCACCGAGCACAUGGAUGGCGUAAAGGAGGUCUUCUCCCAGUUCAUCCUGCUGCUGGAGGACAAGGACACGCCGCCCGCCAGGAUAUGAAGCUCCUUCACUCACUCGCUCGCUACGCUGAGAGACACUAAACUGCUAACAAGAAAAUGUCAACCCUCCUUCAGGACUUUCUUCUCCAGGGGCCUUCAGAACCAAGUAGAACCUUUUUGUUAUGAUGCUCUGUGGGCAACACUUGGAAUCUCUAGCCACACCCCUGCUCAAAUACACACACACACACACGCACACACACACACAAGUAGAUAAGUGUAGCUCUUCUGCUAUUGAUGUUGUUUGCACCAACAAGUACUUUGUCUACGUCUUAAAUAAUUCUAACGUGUGCGUGACGCCAUCUUGGAGCAGUCACUAUUAGUCUUUGGAACAACAACGCCACACUGAAAAGAAGGAGUCGUUCUGCUCAAAUAUUGAAACGUGACAGUUUUACACAAAUAUGGAGGUUGAGUCGUGACUUUGUUAUGAAAGCUUUUUUGUGUAACUGAAUUUUUGGCAUUUGAUUUUUGGGAACUACAUUUUUUACAUCAACUUAUGCUGACAAUUUCAUUGAACAAAAAUUUGAGAGCAAAAUUUGUUUAAAAAUUAAGUGUAUAAAAAUUCAGUAUAUAAAAGUCAGUGUAUAAAAAUUCAGUAUAAACAAUCAGUAUCAAAUUUAGUAUAUACAAAUUCAGUGUAUAAAAAAAUCAGUUUAUAAAAAUCAGUGUAAAAAAAAUCAGUGUUAAAAAAAAUAUUUGUAUACAAUUUAGUGUAAACGCUCCAAACUGACUUCAGGUCAAUUAAGACUGAAGCACCUCAUUGGCUGGUUUUAAGACAGGAUCGAUUGCUUCAGUCUUAAUUGCCCUGAAGUCAGUGUUGAGUUUUUAAAACACAUUUUUCUGGACUGAAUUUUUAUACACUGAAUUAUUUUUUUUUACACUGAAUUUCAAAACACUGUAUUUUAACAAACUGAAUUUUUAUACACUGAAUAAUUUUUUUUUUACACUGAAUUUAAAAACACAGUAUUUUAACAAACUGAUUUUU